CGGAGCACGAAAUUCCCAUUGGCCAAGAGGCCAAACGUCCCUUGAGGGGCGGCCCAGCGGGUAGGAGCUCCCAUUGGUCCGCCGCGGCGCCGCACGGCCUUCUGGGAGUUGUAGGCGCAGCGGCCCGCGCAGCCGCCAUUGUCCGGUGGGCCGCGGGGCGGACGGCUUCGUCGGCUGGGGGCACUAUCGAGCCUGGGGGUCACCUCGGGCCCCGGGGCUUUCUGCGCGAGCACAGGAUGGACCCCGAGAGCCACAUGGCGGCCGUGGGGGUGGGCGCACGGCAGCCGGGGGCACGGCUCCAGGAGCCAGUGACCUUCCGGGACGUGGCCGUGGACUUCACCCAGGAGGAGUGGGGGCAGCUGGACCCUAUACAGAGGAUACUAUACCGCGACGUGAUGCUGGAGACCUUCAGGCACCUACUCUCUGUGGGUCCUGAGCUUCCUAAGCCCGAUGUCAUCUCCCAGCUGGAGCAAGGGGCUGAGUUCUGGGUCGGACAGCAAGGACAGCCCCAGAGCUGCCAUUCAGGCUGUGAGCCGGGCUUUCCUGAAAAGAAACCGGCCACUGGCACUGAAAGGGAAGAGCUCCCAAGGGUCGCUGCUUGCUCCUCCCUGACGGCGGGCGCACGGCCAUGUGAAGGCCAGGGCCCGGCACCCAAGGAGGACCAGAGCGAUGGGUGGCUCCUGGCACCCGGCCUUGAGGAAGGAGGCACUCGCAGCCAAAGCUGCGGAAGACCCGAGUGCGGGGAGAGCUGUGUGCCGAGCUCCAGCUUGGGCCCCGGCCCAACCUCCACGGGAGAAUACCUCUGUGCUUCUGACUCGCAAGAGCCAGGCACGGACCCUGAGCCGGGCGCGGCCAGUGAGCCCGUGAGCUCCCAGGAAAAACAGCUUCACGGGGACCACAAUGCCUCCGACCAGACCAUCCUGGGCCUUGAGCUUCCGAGGAGCCAGGGUCCUGAGAAGCCCUACAAAUGCACUGACUGUGGGAAGUCGUUUAACCACAAUGCACACCUCACUGUGCACAAGAGGAUCCACACAGGUGAGCGGCCGUACGUGUGCAAGGAGUGUGGGAAGGCCUUCAGCCAGAACUCCUCGCUCGUGCAGCAUGAGCGCAUCCACACGGGAGACAAGCCCUACAAGUGCGCAGAGUGCGGGAAGUCCUUCUGCCACAGUACGCACCUCACUGUGCACCGCCGCAUCCACACUGGCGAGAAGCCCUACGCAUGCCAGGACUGCGGGAGGGCCUUCAACCAGAACUCAUCCCUGGGCCGGCAUCGGCGGACGCACACUGGGGAAAAGCCCUACGCCUGCAGUGUGUGUGGGAAGGCCUUCUCACGCACCACCUGCCUCUUCCUGCACCUGCGCACGCACACUGAGGAGCGGCCCUAUGAGUGCAACCACUGCGGCAAGGGCUUCCGGCACAGUUCCUCACUGGCCCAGCACCAGCGCAAACAUGCAGGGGAGCCUCUCUUCACUUGCCGCCCCAUCUUUGAGCAGAUGGCUCUGGCACGGCCACCGUGGGCAGACACUCCACCCCUGAGCCAGGAGGAGAGGGCACAACGCAGUGACAGGCCCUUCAGAUGCAUCCAGUGUGGGAAGUGCUUCACCCAAAGCUCCCACCUUAUCCGCCACCAGAUCACCCACACCAGGGGCGAAGAGCCAUCUGGGCGGCCCCGUAGACGCCAGCAGCCCAGGAGUGCACAGCACACCCGGCAUCUGCAGACAGGGUUGGGACAGAGCACCCAGGAUCAGGCCAGGGCAGCGCAGCCAGCAAGUGGGGCACUGGCCCUGUUUGAUAUCCACAAGCUCAUACAGGAGAAAAACCCCAUCCAUGUCAUUGGAGUGGAGGAGCCCUCCAUGGCCUCAUCUGCUGUGUUCAGCCACAGAGAGUCCACCUAGAAGAGAAGCACUGGCUGUGACCUCUGAACCUCAGGUGUGCCAACAUGUGCAUUCUAGUGACGUUGAACGCACCAUCUGCAUCAGAACUGGAAGAGAAGGAAGACAGCGUGUACAGAUCAGCCUG